AUGGUCCUGGGAGCCGUACUGUCUAUGCUCCGCUAUGUAGCGGGAAGUGAAGACAGAGAUUUUGUGGAUAGACUGCACUCCUACUUCACUUGCAACAUUUUGAUUGGAUUGGCCGUUUUAGUUAGUUUUAAGCAAUUCGGAGGGAAACCGAUAGAAUGUCUGGUGCCUGAUAUGUUUAGCAGUUCUUGGGAACAAUAUGCCGAAAAUUACUGCUGGGCACAAGAUACAUACUAUGUGCCAAUGGGUGAAGCUGUCGCAGGACUAGCCGAUGCUGAACGACGUCAGCGAAGAAUUAGUUACUAUCAGUGGGUGCCAUUUUUCUUGCUUCUGGAGGCUGCAUGCUUCCGACUUCCAAGCCUUUUGUGGCAGUAUCUGGCUGGUCAUUCCGGGAUUAAGAUCCACGAGGUUGUGAAACUGUCUUCAGAUCCAAACAACAUCAAGCCAGAAAUUAAAAGAGCAAAUAUAAAAUCACUGACGACACAUCUGCAGGGUGCUCUUCGAUUCCAUCGGCGGUUACAGAAGAAACAAAUUCGUCCGCAUCGCUUUCUCUGGAUGUUUAAUUUGCCUUAUUCUGCAUUCUUCGUUACAUCAAUGUAUUUGUGUACAAAAUUCUUCUAUCUAUCCAAUGUGUGCCUUCAGCUACUGCUUAUGAACAAGUUUCUGGAAACGGACAAAUACGCUUGGUAUGGGCUCGGAGCAAUGGUUGACCUCAUAAAUGGCACUACGUGGGAGGUGUCUGGUGUUUUCCCUCGUGUUUCCCUUUGUGAUUUCGACGUACGUGUUAUGGGGAACGUGCAGGAGCAUACCGUACAAUGCGUUUUGGUCAUCAACAUAUUCAAUGAGAAGAUCUUUAUCUUCCUGUGGUUUUGGUACUUGAUGUUGGUUGUUUUCACAUUGGGAUCAUUUCUUUAUUGGUUAUUUGUCGCUGUCAUACCGUAUCCAAACCGGAGAUUCAUCAAGAGGCACUUGGAAAUCAGCGAAAUGCCGUUUGAUCCCAUUGAAAGCGAUAAAGAUGUCAGACGGUUCAUUGAUUCUUAUCUGAAGAGUGACGGCGUCUUUGUGAUUAGAAUGCUUACACUUCAAGCGGGGGUGAUUUUUGGUACAGAUCUUGUCUUAGCUCUGUGGAAGUCCUUUUUCGGCAUUGAGGAACAGCUGAAGAGGAGUAAUUCCAUGCCGGAUGUUCAAAAAUGUAGUGAAGAUGAACCACAUUUUUGGCCCCCACCUCCAGAUGCGUUCCUCGACAAUGAAAAAAUCCGAAUGCGGAAGGCUUUGGGACAGAAUAUUGACAACUCCGAAAUUACUCAAGAUUUCCUACAGAAACUCAUCACGCCAUAUCCGGAGAGACCGGCUCCGCGCUACGUUGCCGCCGUUUCUGUCCCAGUCGUUGAGGACGAGACGAAGGAAGCACUUAUCAGAAGCUUGGAAUCGAGUCCAGUGAAAGGAAAAACUGUGCCAUCGGCCCCGUCCAGUAACGUGGUUAACAGGAGAGCUCAUUAG